UCCCUCUCCCGCCUAGGACAUAAAGAGCUCCAGGUGCGGGCCUCACCGCACUUCCUGUGGUCAGCAGCUGUCAGGCCAGCGUCGCUUUCCUCGUGUCCUCCGCCUCGCCAUGACUUCCUACAGCUACCGGCAGUCCUCCGCCACCUCGUCCUUCGGGGGUCUGGGCGGCGGCUCCGUGCGCUUUGGAGCUGGGAGCACCUUCCGCGCGCCCAGUAUCCACGGGGGAUCAGGUGGCCGCGGCGUGUCCGUGUCCUCCGCUCGCUUCGUGUCCUCGUCUUCCGGGGGUUAUGGUGGGAGCUAUGGUGGUGGAUCCCUGGGUGGGUCCGACGGGCUGCUGGCCGGCAACGAGAAGAUCACCAUGCAGAACCUCAACGACCGCCUGGCGUCCUACCUGGACAAGGUGCGCGCCCUGGAGCAGGCCAACGGGGAGCUGGAGGUGAAGAUCCGAGACUGGUACCAGAAGCAGAGCCCAGCGAGCCCGGAGCGCGACUACAGCCCCUACUUCAAGACCAUAGAAGAGAUCCGGGACAAAAUCCUGGCUGCCACCAUCGACAACUCGCGGGUCAUCCUGGAGAUCGACAACGCCAGGCUGGCAGCGGAUGACUUCAGGCUCAAGUACGAGAAUGAGCUGGCCCUGCGCCAGAGCGUGGAGGCCGACAUCAACGGCCUACGCAGGGUGCUGGACGAGCUGACCUUGGCCAGGACGGAUCUGGAGAUGCAGAUUGAAAACCUGAACGAGGAGCUGGCCUACAUGAAGAAGGAGCACGAGGAGGCGUUGAAGGAGUUCAGCAGCCAGCUGGCCGGCCAGGUCAACGUGGAGAUGGACGCGGCACCCGGGGUGGACCUGACCCGCAUGCUGGCUGAGAUGAGGGAGCAGUACGAGGCCAUCGCAGAGAAGAACCGUCGGGAUGCCGAGGCCUGGUUCUUCAGCCAGACUGAAGAGCUGAACAAGGAGGUGGCUUCCAACACAGAGAUGAUCCAGACCAGCAAGACGGAGAUCACAGACCUGAGACGCACCUUGCAGGGGCUGGAGAUUGAGCUGCAGUCUCAGCUCAGCAUGAAAGCUGGGCUCGAGAACUCGCUGGCAGAGAUCGAGUGCCGCUACGCCCUGCAGCUGCAGCAGAUCCAGGGGCUCAUCAGCAGCAUCGAGACCCAGCUGAGCGAGCUCCGCAGCGAGAUGGAGUGCCAGAACCAGGAGUACAACAUGCUGCUGGACAUCAAGACGCGGCUGGAGCAGGAGAUCGCCACCUACCGCAGCCUGCUCGAGGGCCAGGAUGCCAAGAUGGCUGGCGUGGGCGUCAGGGAAGCCUCUCUGGGAGGCGGAGGCGGCGGCAGCAGCGGCAGCAGCAAUUUCCGCGUCCAUGUGGAGGAGACAGUGGAUGGAAAGGUGGUUUCCUCCCGCAAGAGGGACAUCUAAGUGCCCAGCACACGAAACGACCCUUGUCACUCCUGCCAUUCCCAGACCGCGCGGGAAGCAAACCUCAGCCCCUGCCUUCAGAAGAUGAUCUGCGGAAGAGGGGUCCCUCCGUUUUCCAGUUUGGGGCUCUGCAUAAUUCUCUCCCCUCUAGCUUUUACCUCCUUUUGAGCACUGAGGUACAAGAAGCAGCUGACCUGAAUGAGUAGCAAGCUCAUUUCUAUGGUCUAUUCCUU